AUGAUAGCUUACCGAGUGUUCAGCAAAGAGAGCAAAGCGUGGGUGAAAUGGUUGCACAUGAUUAUCCAGGCGAUUGCGUUUGCUUUUGGUUGUGUUGGUUUAAAGGCAGCUUUUGAUUUUCACGCAGCACAACAUUCUCCCCAUUUGUACAGUUUGCAUUCUUGGAUUGGAAUGGGAUGUUUUGUUUUAUUCACCUGUCAGGUAUAUUAGUAUUUACAGCCUUCAGUGAUUUGUAGUUCAAAGCCCAUUUUUUACUUUAAGGCCACUUCAAACCAGUCCAACAUAUGGAUCCAACAUUGUAAUAUGCAACAUUGUUGGGUUUGAGCAUUAUAAUGUUGGAUGAUGAUGAUGUUGCAUCAGUUUGAUCGUCCACUAUUAUCAGGCCAACAAUGAUGUACGAUGUUGGACAACUCGAAUUUGAAUGAUCAUUAAUGAAACUUUCAGUGGUGAAAAAAUUUGAAUAACACGUGAAGAAUUAUUAUUUUGUUUUCUAAAAUCAUGAUUUGGUCAGGGUGAGUGAGGUCUCUCCUCCGCAGAGCCUCCUUAAGUAUUUAUAAAUAAUUUAUAUGGGGUUUCCUGAAUAAAAGCGAGCGCGCGCGGAGUGAUGGGAAGAUCUUCCCAUCACCCCUUUGGCGCUCACUUUUCCCUCACUAGAAACUUCAUGUAAGCCUCUGCGGAGGAGAGAGGUGGGUGAGCGUUGGCACAUGGGAAUAUUACGUCACGCUAAGAAAUUCGCGAUUUUGGAUGGCAAAAUAUAUAUUUAGGUACAGCAUUGUAUAUAAACAUUGCGUAAUAGGUUAGUAGGCUAAGGUAAUAAUGUCAGCCCUAACUUCAGCCUCCAUGGUAUAUUUUUUGCAUGGCUACAUGAAGUACAUACCGUUUAUUCGGGUUGAGCCCCCGUCGUCCAGUGCCCAGCUCAGGCCAUUAAAGGAAACCCCUGUCUGAAUUCGACAGAAAAUGACCUUAUUAAGCUUGUUAAAUGAAAGCAAUCAUUUGAAGUAAAAUCGAAGUAAAAUUGGAAACGUUUUACGGCUAAUUUAUACCGUGAAUGUCUUUAUUUAACAUUUGCCAUCCAAAAUGGUGGACAUCAAGCAAUAACGCCGUGAUAUCGAGAUGAUGACAUGAAACUUGUUUUGCGUUUGUUAAGGCUGGUUUACACUGUCAAACUUGUUCUGUGAUCAUAGUAUAGGAAUUUUGCAUACUAAAUAAAUUCUAAGUUUUGAAGGAUUUGUAAGAAAUGAUUGAGGGAACUGUCUCGGUGUUAGACGCCAUGAUAUCGAGGUGUUGUGACGUCAUAUCCAUGAGCUGAAUAAAUGCAUGGGUGACAUGAAACUUAUCAGUUUGCGUUUGUUAAGGCUGGUUUACACUGUCAAAUUUUCUGUGAUCAUAGUAGGAAUUUUGCAUACUAGAUAAAUUCUAUGUUUUGAAGGAUUUCAUUUUGUAAGAAAUGUUCAGGGAACUGUCUCGGUGUUAGACAGUGAGUCAAUUCCCUCAAACAUUUCUUACAAAUCCUUCAAAACUUAUAAUUUUGGCUAAUUUUCAUUAUUCAUGCCUUGGGGUAGCACCGAAGAGGAAUGGGGUGGGUAACAAUUUUUUUCACUUGCACAAAGCCAAAGGGUGGGUAAAAAAAUAAGUGUCUUUCAAGGAAUACCCUGGGAGUAGGAGUACCUAGUGAUUAGUAUUUAAAAGAAAUAAUCCAAGGUCAUUGGAACAAAACUAUAUUUUGUAACAAUAAAUACAUUCAACAUAAUACAUUCUCAACAUCUAAACAUUGGCCACGUGUACAGUUCAAACAACAGUCCGUCAGUCUGAUUUGUUUCUAAUUGUUCUCAGAUGAGUCAGAGUCGCUGCUCAAUUAAAUCUGAUAACGCCACAGUUAACUUCAAGUGUGAAAUACUCUUGAUCAGUCUUUACAAGUGAUUCACAACUAAUAACACUCCUUCCUUUCUCUCCAUAAAUACGUAUAAUAUCUUCAAUUUCAUCUUCUGUAUAGCCAUUCUGUUUGAGCAUACCUGGGUGUUUCAGAGUAAUGUCGUUUUGGAUAUUUUCCUGUUCUUACGUUUUUGCUCACUCUUUCUCUCGCCUUCUCUUCCUUUUUAUUUCAAAAUCUACACUACAUUGGAGACAUCUUUGUUGGGCUGCUUGGCGGUAUUUGCAACAUCGUCUUUUCAAUUUUGCUCACCUGAACUCUCAACUGACUUCCUUCUUCAACAAAUCUGCUGACCGAAUUUCAUUUUCAUUCCUUGCCCAUUUUUUUCAAUUCCAUAUGAUCAUCAAACAGCUCUGAGUGAGUUUCCGUUUAUUCAUUUGUUAGAGUUUGCAGUUAAGUUGCUUCCAGCAUUUACGUACUUCCUUGCAAUGGAAGUGUCCUGAACAGGUUUAAAUGUAUUCGUCUGGGUUACUUCUUGUCUUUUGGAAGCGGAUCUUAAAGACGUAAACACUUUUUGAACUUCAGUAGAUGGCGAUGCUUUGUAAUUCCCAAUAUCUGAAACAUCUGGCUCUCUUCGUCGUGAUCCAUCGUUGCAUUUGGUAUGGACUUCAUAAGCAUUUUAUACCUACUGUACUGUUAUACUAAAUUACCAUAAGAUCAAUACUUGAAAAAAACUGUUCUAAAAUAAUUUUUAAAAUCUUGAAUUUAGCAAGGGUUGAGUAAAAAAAAUUGAACCCCAAAACUGGUUGGGUAAAUAAAUUUUUUUUAGCAAUUUUCAGUUUCUCUUCGGUGCCAACACGAUGCAUAUAUAAUGAACGUUCCCUUAUCUAUGCAAAAUUCCGACUAUGAAUAGUCUAUGAUCACAGAAACUUUGGUAGUGUAAUCAGCCUUUAAUCUAAUCAAAUAGCCUGGCAUCCUCAUUGGCUGAGCAUAAUGAAACUUGAAGAUCCAUUCUCAAACUCAUUAUUUUCAAAAGAAAUGCAUAUUAAGUUCUUUGUAUGUUUGCAUGGCGAAAAAUAUAAUAGUUUUGUUUGUGGAAACACCACGUAAAUUUAUUACUGCAAAGCUUUCGAUCCGUAAGCCCGGAUCUUCAUCAGUGCUAAUAAUAAUAUUAAUAAUAUAGUAAUAUAAUAAUAUUAUUAGCACUGAUGAAGAUCCGGGCUUACGGAUCGAAAGCUUUGCAGUAAUAAAUUUACGUGGUGUUUCCACAAACAAAACUAUUAAAUGCAUAUUAAUUCAAAAGAAAUGCAUAUUAAUUCUGUAUUUAGAAAUAAGGGGAAGAUUACAGCCGUUUUUCGUCAACUUUAAACUCGAUUUUCUCUUAAAGUAUUGAUUCGUUUGAGAAGCUAUAUCCAACACUUGCAAAUGUUCUUCCUCUGAUUUAAUUCUAAAUACAGACAAGCUGGUUAAAAAAACUCGGCUUCACCUCGUAUUUUCAACCUGCUUGUCUGUAUUUAGAAAUCAGAGGAAGAACACUUACUCGUGUUGGAUAUAUAAAAUAAACAGUGGAAUAGAAUAAAAAUAGAAUAAAAAAUUAUGAGCCUUGACAGUGGUCUGACAAGACUGAAAAUUUGGGUCAAAUCAGGAGGAGGUCCAUUUUAAUUAAUUUGGCCAGAUUUCGGGAAAAAUUGGCCCAGAUAAGAAACGGAAAUUCUAAUCUGCAUGACUGCUCUGACCAACCAAAUGGCAAGCGCCCAACUUUUUUAUUUGGUUCAUCCUGAAAUAAAAACGUUACACAAAGACAAGUAUAGUCGUAUUCUCAUGAAAUGGAUUUAUUUCCUAAUCCCUUUUAGCUUGUUUGUGGAUUCUUGGGCUUCAUGUAUCCUAAGUUUCCUGAUGCACUCAGAGCAGCAUAUCUAAAAGUACACGUGUUUUUUGGUACAGCCAUAUUCUUACUGGCGGUUGCAGCCUGUUUGACUGGUAUUACUGAACAGGCCCUUUGGUCAAUAGGGUAAGUAGCUUAUCAUGUAGAGUAUAUUUUUUAUUAUAGUUUCCGGCAAUAUUUGACUCAAUAUAUAGUACUUGCACAGUACAGUAAGUACAAUACAGACAGUAAAGUAAGGGUACAGUAUAAUACAGCACAGUACAGUACAUUUAAGUACAUUAUAGAUAAUAGACAGUAUAAUAGAGUUUAGUGUAUGCAGUUGGUUAAUUGAAUACAGUACAAUGGAGUACAUUAAAUAGAGAUUCAAACAUCAUUAAUAAUUCAUAAGCUUAUUGGCAAAUCAUGUCAAUCAUAAUAUGUCACGUGCAGUGGCUUUAAACCUGAUAAAACACUCCUAAUUAGUAUUCUUUAUAUAAAGAAUACUAAUAAGGCAGUAUAUCUAUUGAAUUUGUAGUCGUGUUUGAAGCCGUUUAAUAACCUCACAGGUCGUGUUUUAUUUAUAGGUCUAAAGCCACUCGCGCUGCGCGCUCCCACAUGCUUUAAACGUAAUAAAGCACUCCUACUCGUGUUUUAAAUAGUAUACAUAAAACAUGGGGGUGCGCGCGGAAAUACCAGAUUUAUUUCUCGUAUUGAACAUGACAUGUCAAGAGUGAGGGCAACGAUCGAACGAGUGAGAUAUCAUGUUCAACACGAGAAAUAAAUCUGGUAUUUCCAAGCAUCCAUGUAUUUUUCUGUUUAUUAUAUAAAGGACAGUCUUUGAAAAGCGAUAAUUUUUACAGAAAAGCGAUAAUUUUCACAUGUGAAAUUAUCAUAAAUAAUCUCGCAUGUGAGAUUAUCAGUUUUAUCAGUCCUCGAAAUCUCUAUACAGGGUGUCCCAAAAAAAAUGUCCCCUGUCAUAUUUGGUGGUAUUACUUCGCUAUAUUUAAUCAAAGGUUCAAUGUUUUUGCAAUGGGUUGAAAAACAAUCAUAUUAUAUUAAUCGUAGUAUUUAUCUCACCAAAAUUCUUAAUAGUUCGGCUUCUAGAGAUACUUAAGGUGGCGACACCAAUUUUGCAACCCGUCCAAAUUUCAGAAAUUAGGUUAAAAAUAAUGCAAACUUUGUAGAAGGAUUUCUAAAAUUUCUACCCACCUUUCUGCUCAACAACAAAAUGUUUUUUAUCUCUAUUAUUAAACUUUUGUUUCUUGUAGAAAUUAAUAAAAAAAAAAUAAGAAAAAUCCCUGGCAAAUUGACAAAGGCAAAGCUAGGGUUGGGAAAAUGCCUUAAAUUUGCUGUUUUCCGUUCAAUUUGUUCCAUGAAAGAGCAAAUGUUGGAAUUUCAGCACUAGUCUUUCCCCUUUUCUGGGGAUUGCUUCAUUAUUUUUACAGAAAAUUAAUUCGCGAUUUUGGCUACAACUAAUUACAAGUUUUAGAAAAGAUAUGUAGCCAUUUACCAUUAAAAUAUUUUAUUACGUUCCGUAAUAUGUUUAAACCUAAUAUCCACAAUUUGGACAAGUGGCAAUAUUGGUGUCGCCACCUUAAGUAACUCUAGAAGGCGAACGGUAAAAUAUUUUGAUGCGAAAAAAUGCAACGAUUAACGUAACUGUUCAUUUAUAAAAAAAAAUGAAAAAGUUUGAAUAUUCGAUUACAGGUAAGUAGGUAACGAUGUAGUACCACAAAAUAUGAUAGGGGACAUUUUUUUUGAGACACCCUGUAAAGACCUAUACUUUAUAUAAUAAAGUACAAUAAAGUAUAGUAUGGAACAAUUCAGUGGAGUAUAGUAUAGUACAUACAGAUUACAGUGCAAUGUUUUCAGUACGGUGCGAUUAAUGAAGUGGAUUGUAGCACAGUACAGUACAGUACAGUACAGUACAGUACACCGAACAAUACCACACAACAACAACACAACACAACACAACACACUGCAGACAUUAAUUCAGCUGUUACAAACAAUAGGCCGCGACUAAAUUAGCAAUGAAAGCAUACAGGGUGAGUAAAAAAAAACUGACACCUAUGCGGCUAAUUUGAAUAUCAAAGGUAUCAGUUUUUUUUACUCACCCUGUACAUAAGAAUAGUUUACUUCAUAGAAAUACAGUUGUUUAUGUUCAAUUUUCUUCCAUUUUGGCAGAGCCAUUUACGGUAAUCUUCCUCCUGUGGCCCUUGUGAUCAACUGUCUUGGUGGCGCUCUGGUACUACAUGGAGGUGUUACAUAUUUUCUCACAACAAAUGACCGUUUCAAGCAAACUGCAUCAAGUGAAGAGCAUCAAGAAUUACUGGAUCGUUCGGCCGGUGAUGCUGAGUCUAAACAAUAG